AUAAACUCUUUGAACUCUAAUUCCACCUUAAGAAUGCAAUCAACAAUGAAGAUGUUUGGCAUCAUCCUGAUGGUUAUCUUCUCUGUGUCCUGUGGUCCUUCUGCUCCUCAGAUGAAAACAAGAGAGGUUGCAGAAAGAACACACAAAUGUUCCCUGGUCCGUGGUACAUGCAAGUCUGAAUGUAACAGUUGGGAGUAUAAAUAUAACUACUGUCACACUGAGCCCUGCUGUGUGGUGCGAGAAUACAAAAGAAUGGAGAAAUUAUUGAGUACUCCCAAAUAUACAACUUAAAGUAUGAAUUGUAAAUCUAAUACAUGAUUGAAACUAUACAAAUUACUAAUAAAAUUGGAUUUUUAAGUUUG